AUGUUCCCACAUUUAAAAUACCGCGACUUCUAUACAAAACUCCCCAUCGAUGCUUUGAUCCGUGUCAUUCGAGAUGAAGACCUGAAGCUUGAAACGGAGGGUCAGGUAGUCUUGGCGAUUUCGCAGUGGAUAGGUGCCAAAAAACAGGCUGAUGGAACGGAACGGCUUCCAGAACUGCUUCGCGAAAUUCGCUGGAAUGCUGUAUCCAAUGAAAUCUGGAGGCGUUUUGCAUCGGACGAAAGUUGGCUAAGAGUUUUCCCAUAUUUCGGCGACUAUAUGAAGGAAUGUGAGCCCUGGUGCGGGAACGCUAACCAUCGUCUUACUCCUUCGCCGUUUAAUCAAAAAGCCAGAUUCUACAAUAAGAAAAUCACGCAUUUGAUGGGAACUAAAAACCUUGCCCGUUCACCAAAAUACACACUCGCCGUCCAUGAUGUUAACAAGGUAGUGAUUAUUGGUGGUUACAAAGAACGUGCGUCCAAUGCGGUAACGAUUUUCGAUGCGCCAACCCAAAGGAUGAAACCGGCUGCUCCAAUGACUGUUGCCCGGUGUGAGUGUUCCGCUGCGCGAUGUGGUGACUUUAUCAUGGUGUUUGGAGGGAGGGAUAUAAGGCGGAGAAUCCUGGCUACUUACGGACUGUUUAGGCCUUUGAAAAACGAGUGA